GCCAUUGGACAAACUUUCUUCUUCAGAUCAUAGUCCUCUCUUACUCCUCCUUUCUUCUCCUUUAGAGUUCAUCUCCUUCCUCUCUUAUGUCUUUGUUUUGGUAGUCCAGUGCAUGCAUUCUGGUGAUGGCUGAUCAAGGUGGUAGCAGUGCUGUAACAGUGAUGAGGGACUAUAGGAAAGGGAACUGGACGGUGAAUGAGACAAUGAUUCUAAUAGAGGCAAAGAAGAUGGAUGAUCAAAGGAGAAUGAAGAGAAGUGGUGAAAAUGAAGGGAGGAGCAAGCCUGCAGAGCUGAGAUGGAAAUGGGUUGAAGACUAUUGUUGGAGAAAAGGGUGUUUGAGGAGCCAAAACCAGUGCAAUGACAAGUGGGACAAUCUGAUGAGGGAUUACAAGAAAGUGAGAGACUAUGAGAGGAGAUUAUUAUCUGAGAGAGGAGACAGUGGAGAUCAUGAUGGUGGGCCUUCUUCUUCUUCUUCUUAUUGGAUGAUCGACAAGAACGAGAGGAAAGAGAAGAACUUGCCUUCCAAUAUGUUGCGUCAAAUAUACGAGGGUUUGGUCGAGGUGGUGGAAAGGAAAGGUGUUGGUACUACUUCAUCGGCAGCAGCAGCAGCUCAUCAAAGGGUGAUGAGUGGUGGCGGAGGCGGCCUUGGGCUUGGAUCCAUUCCCAACAUUGGCUAUGUGGUUGAUAGGAUUGAACCUCCAUUGCCUCCUUUGUUGCAGCACCACAACCCAUCUCCAGUUUCAGUAGCGGCACUGCCGCCGCCGCCACCACUACCACCUCCUCCAUCAGCCCCACAACCUCCCCAACAACCACAACAACCUCAUAUUGCAUAUCCUCAACCAUUGCCCUCCCUAGUACUUGUUUCUCCAUUGGACCUCACAAAAGUUUGUUCCACCUACAUUCUCAAUAUGCCUCUUUCUCUUGCAUUCAUGCGGCGACUGAUUUUACUUUUUUUGAUAUGUAGAAAAAGCUCAGAUUCUGAUACAAGUGAGUAUUCAGACUCACCAGCAAAGCGGAGGAGAAGAGGUGGUGGAGAAGGCACAAGUGGUGGUACUACUACUGCAAGUGGAAGCUCCUCAAUUGAAGUGGGUUCUGCAAUUUCAAAAAGUGCUUCCAUUAUAGCAGAAGCCAUUCAAGCCUCUGAGGAGAGAGAAGAGAGAAGGCACAGAGAUCUUUUGAGUUUGCUUGAGAGAAGAUUAAAGAUUGAGGAGUCCAAAACUGAGGUCAAUAGAGAAGGCAUUAAUGGCCUUGUUGAUGCCAUUAACAACCUGGCAAAUUCUAUCCUUGCAUUGGCUUCCGAUAGGACACAAACGCCUCCACAAUGAUCUUCCCUUCAUCCAUGAUCCAUCUCACCCAUCAAAUAACAAAACAAUUUUUAACAAAACGAUUAUUAUUAUUUACAUUUGAGGUGGUAGAGCUGCCUAGCUAUUCUCCCUGUACAUAGGUGGUGGUGCUUAUGAUGGUCCAGUCGUGUUCUAAUUUUCCUGAUUCAUUCAUGUUGGAAGUUGGAAUAUUAUCACUUUGAUUAAUCAUUAUUUAUAUUUUCAUUAUGAAAUAUCA